AUGAACAAUAUUAUUUUCCCUCUACAAAAUGAUGACGCUACUUCAGAUGACGCUGAAGUCGAACAACAAACUGAACUUAUGCAUGAAGAUAAUACAAUAUGGAGAGCCGUAUAUGAUGCAGACAAAAUUGCAAUUGAUCAUCUUAUCGAUGCUGAUCCUGAUCUUAUUAAUACAAGAGGAGCUGUUGGCGAGUGUCCUAUUCAUGUACUAUUUCUGCGUGAAACAGAUGCACAUUUUGCUAUUGCUCGAGAUCUUAUUCUACGAUUUCCAACGAUCGUAACUCAAACUUAUUAUAACUCAAAAUAUCAUGGUGAGAAUAUUCUUCAUAUUGCAAUUGUUCAACGUAAUCCAGCUAUGGUUGAAUGGCUACUUAGUAAUGAUCGUUUAGAGCCCUAUCGUCAACAAUUAUUGACAGCGAGAACUACCGGUAGUUUCUUUAAAAUAGGUGAAAUGUCUUAUUAUGGUGAGGUUCCAUUAGGAUUUGCUUGUUGUACUAAUCAAUGGGAUAUUGUUGAAAUCUUACUCAAAUAUGGUGCUGACAUGGAUGUGACAGACAGUAAUAAUAAUACCAUACUGCACAUGCUUGUUAUUUCCAAUUUACCUGAAAUUUAUACUAAAUUCAAAGCUCGUUGGAUAGAACAACGGGCUAUUCAUAAUGACAAAAAUAUAACUGACUCAAAAUCAAGAGAAUUACCAGAAUUAUGGAAUCGUUUAAAUAAUGAUGGUUUAACACCAUUAACUCUAGCAGCUGAUUUAGGUGAAGCCAAAAUGUUAUCAUGGUUACUAGACGAACGUAAAAGAACACUAUGGUCUUAUGGUGUUGUUUCAUGUGUAGCACAUCCUCUCAAUCAACUUGAUAUUGAUUUUCAUCAAGACAACAAAGAACGACCUCUUAGUGUAAUUGAAAUAAUGAUUAAAAAAAAUAAUGCAGAAUUAAUAAGUCCUAUUAUUGUAUCUUUAAUUGACAAAAAAUGGAGAUCUUUUGCAUAUCGAAUAUUUGUUCGACGAUUUUUUAUGGCAUUACUCUAUCUGCUUGUUUUUCUUGCCACAACAACUUUACGAAAAACAGGAUCAGAAAAAGCAGCGAGUGAAUUUGGUGAAAAAACAGGAAUUACAAGUAGCAAGCAUUUGAGUGUUUCUGAUCAAUUUCUCUAUUCACUUGGUCAUACCAUGGUAAUAAUAGGUGCUGCAUUACGAAGUGCAUAUGAAAUAAAGGAAAUGCGUAGGUUGGGUUUCAGUAAUUAUUGGCAAAAUUCGGGAUCUACUUUUCGUGGAAAUUGUUUGGUAUGUUCAUUUUGUUUUUGUAUAUUUACUUGUGAAAUUCUUCAUCUAUUUGGAAUGCAACAAUAUGAAACUCAAAUACUUGCUUUUACUUCUCUUAUUGGAUGGGGUCAUAUGUUUUUUUUUAUUAUGCCAUUUCAAUUUACUGGUCCAUUUGUUAUUAUGAUUUAUAAAAUGUUAUUCAAUGAUAUUCUUCGUUUUUUUAUAAUAUAUAUGAUUUUUCUUGCUGGCUUCGCACAAUCAUUUUGUAUUUUAUUCAAUGGAUAUGGGUUCCAAGGUUAUUUAUCAAAUAUCAAACUAUGUUUUCUGAGUUUAUUGGGUGAUUUUGACCUUGAUUAUUAUAUUGGAGGAGAAUAUCCAUUGACAAGUGUUAUGAUACUUAUCUUCUAUGUUGUACUUAUUACUAUUCUUUUGUUAAAUUUACUUAUUGCUAUGAUGGGUGAUACUUAUGCAGAUGUGAAAAGAAGUGCCAAAAGAUUGUGGCACUUAGAACGAGCACGCAUUGCACUUCAUAUGCAAAAUACCAUGCCGAGAUCUAAACGCCUGUUUAGUUUCAAAAAUUAUUGGAUAAACGUACAGGGCGAACGUUAUAUGCAAGUGGAAGAAAGAGUGAACAAUGAACAAUGUCAAGCUACAUACGACGAAGAAAAUAAUGACUAA